ACCCAAAAAAAAACUUACACAAAUUUACAGAUCAAAUUCAAAUUCAAUUCAAACCCCCUAAUUCAUAAAUCAACGAAUUGUAUCUUGUAUUCACCAUAAUUAUUCAUCAUCAAUUGAUUCAUAACUGUCACCUCCUAUAAUUAACAUUUAAAAAUAUGAGUUUAUUGCAACCAUCAGCUAUGUUUAACGAUCAUAUAAAUAGUCCAUUUGCAUCCGCUCAUAUGAGAUCUCAUUCUUUUCAUGAACUUUUAAAUCAAUUCAAAUCAAGUGUGGCCAAUUCUUCUAAUCCAGCAUAUGUCAAAAAGAGAUCUCAUUCUGAUCUUGUUCGUGAUUCUCCUGAUCAUUUAGAUUAUUCUGGUACAUCAAAAAGAUCAAGAACUGCUCCUCCUUCUCCCCCUUACGAUUUCGGAGUUUUAAAUCAUUCAUCUUCAUCUUCUGAUGAAAAUUCCAUGAAGAAGAAAUCUUCUUCUGAUAUAAGAUCAAAAUCUUUAUCUCCAAAUAAAAAGUUUGUAAAUCCUUUAUCUCCAUCAACUUCUCCAAAAGCAAAUAUUAAAUCAACUACAAGUCAAAUAAAUCAUCAUAUUAAUAAUGCUAAUAAAAUAAAAUUGCCAAGUCUUUCAACCGCAUUGAAUUUACCUUUGAAACCAAUCACUCCAACUGUAUCACUUGAUUAUUUCGAUACUUAUAAACCAAAUGAUGAAAAUUGGCGUUAUGAAUUAUUGGAUACUAUAAAUAAAGAUUCAAAACAUUUCCAUCUUAAUCAAUAUAAUUACCUCAAUAAACAUGCUACUUCAAGUGGAAUGUCUUCUUUCUCAUCAUCAUCAUCAUCAUCUUAUAAACCAAAUUUCGAUUCAAGAUUAAGUUCGAAAAUUACCAAGGAUGUUUCUUCUUUACCAAAUGUUAAUCAACCUCAUUUUGAAAGAAAAAUAAAUUUCCCUUAUGAAUCAAAUUAUACUUAUCUUAAUAAGACUUAUCUUAAUGAUGUGGCGAAAUAUCCUGAAUAUCUUGAAUUAGCUCAAUCUUUAAUUCAAUUAUCUCAACCUCAACAACAACAACCAGCACAACAACCACAACAACAACUGCCAAUUCAACAUAAACAUCAUGAAAUCUCCCCACAACAAACUCCUCAGCAGAAAUAUCAACCUUAUUCAGCCGUUAGUCCAACUGGCUUUCAUAUUUCAACUGCAUCUAUACCACCUCCACCUCCUCCUAUUAUUCCUGGUUUAAUGGGGGCUAAUUAUUAUGCCACCAAGGAUUCAAUUCCUUAUACUCAACCACCACCACCACUUUCUCAUACUGUAUUAACUGGUCCAACUUCAAUUCCAGAAACUACUCAACAUAAAUUCAUUCCAAUUACUCCACCAUCAUCUACCAAAUCAAAAUCUCGUUCUGAUCUUUUAAAAUCUCCACCAAAACAACAUAAUCAUCAUAAUCCAAGAGUUUGUAUUUCUUGUGGAUCUGAUCAAUCACCAUGUUGGAGACCAUCAUGGUCGAUUAAAGAAGGUCAGCUUUGUAACUCUUGUGGUUUAAGAUAUAAGAAAACUUCAGCAAGAUGUCUUAACAGUAGUUGUAAAAAGAUUCCUGCUAAGGGUGAAUGGUCCUUAAUGCAAAGUAAAGGAAAAGUUCAAUUUGAAGAUGGUAUUGAAGGUCAUAGUUGUUUGGAAUGUGGUUGGAGAGUGGAGGUUAAACAUGGUAUUAAUUAAACUAAAUUCAAAAAUCGAUCAUAUAAAAAAAUAACGUUUCAUUGUAACUAUCCAUCUUGAUUUUCUAAAAGUAUGGUUGUGAUCGAUUAUAUUAUUAUUAGCAUAUUCCUUUCUUCGUUUUCAUUCUAUUUCUGUAUUUAUUUCCCAAAUAAUUCUAUUUUGUAUUAGGUUUUCUAGUUUAUUUAAUUCUUCAUUUAUUCAGGUUUUAAUAUGUCACUUUUUAUGAUUAUAUCCUUUAAUCAAAUCUUUUAAUUUAAUUUAAUUUAUUUUAAUAAUAUA